UUUUAGAAACUUGUUUAUGUUAGACCCUAGAGAGUAGAAACUCGAUUUUUAUAAUUCAACACUGAUAAGAUAAAAAAAUAAAACCUACGCCGAUCACGAAAAUGGCCUCCGCCGCCGCCAGAUCAAUUUUCCGAUCGUCUUCCGGCGGUAGGUCUGCGUUUCGUGUUGCCUCGGAAGCUAAACCAGCUCGUUCACCGUUUCGCAUUGCCUCCAAUAAACCUUUUUCGCAAUCCCAAUCAACUCUCAGGUUACCUGUUGAAUUGAGUUCCUGUGUGGUAUCUAUGCUGCCAUACCAUACAGCCACUGCUUCUGCCCUCAUGACUUCCAUGCUCUCCAUUUCAACCCGCUCUUUCGCUUGGCUUUCUGAAGAUUUGUGAACUCCCCUAAAAGCAGCUUGGGCUUGCAGAAUCAUGCUUGUCACUUUCAUUUGCAUAGUUUAUGUUUGCUUUCGGUGUGCAAAACGGUUUGCCACCAAAUUGCCCUCAGAAUAUGAGCAGUUUCCUCAUAAGUUAGCAUUUCAAUCAUGCACGAGAUUAUGUUUCAUGCGGAAGUAUGAACUAAGGUUUCUUUCAUUUCAGUGUCCAAAUUCUAUCAAGUUACCUGAUUAAUUAGUAUAUCCUUACAUAUAGAAGGAGAUACAGUAUAUGUAUGCACCAUAACUUAUGAGUCACUCCUUCAAAAGCAUAUCCGUCACUGUUUAGGCACACUUUCAUUUCAUUUCUUUACUAUUACGUGGCUGGAACCAAUUUUGACUUGAGCGCUGUAGUAUACAUCUGCGUUCUUCACCAUACUUCACCGUUUGAAAUUCAUCUUCACCGUGUGGAGCCACGCUCUGUCCCAACAUUCAUUUUUCAACCAGUAACAAGUAUCAAGCAAGAUUGCUGA